GCUGCGGAAACGGUACCGCGACAGCCCCACCGCUGCCAGGAUCAACGGACCGGAACCAAAAAUAUCCAUCAGAACAAUGUCCUAAGGUCUCAAUGAAAGCAGACGCGCGGUGGGCUAUAUAUCUAUUUAUUUGAAUCCAUUUGUUUUUUAUUUAUUUUGUCCUCCAUUGAUUUUUUUCCGGGCUGUAGCCUAAUGGCUGGGCUCUCGGGCUGCGGCUGCUAAGCGGCAGGUGCAUUGUCGAGGACAUAUCUGCGCGUGAUGGAUUUUGCCUCAUCACUGACAUGAUGGAUCUACCGGAGCCGAGCGGAAUUUGCCACAGCAGAGCCUUGGAUGGGUGAGAAAGCUGUAACGGGGCGCGUCUGAAACCUGCGGCCGAGGUUGGUGUGUCGCAGGAGAGUGGGUAGGGGAGGGUGGCAGAUACACUGGGGCGAAAAUAAAUAAAGAAUCCAGCGAACAGCGAAUAAACACAAACUACAGUGCUAUGGUAUACGAAUGGGACCAGAACAUGGAUCUCAACAGGCCUACAUCUUAACGAUGACAUUAUAACUGAGGGCGUUUGUCACGGAUUAUUCCACCCCGCAAAAAGGGGUCGUUUGGAUGAACUAUACAAAUCUUGGUUCAUCCUUUCUUUCAUCCCGGUGUAACCGGGUCAUCAUUUCCAACUAGCGCCUGAGUAGCAACCCGUUUAAACCGCCAAGAUGAUGGAGCUACAGUUGGACGAGGUGGUCUAUCAGGAUGACUACGGCGGUGGGUCUGUGAUGUCGGAGCGCGUGUCAGGCCUGGCCAACAGCAUCUACCGGGAGUUCGAACGCCUCAUACACAGUUACGACGAGGAGGUUGUGAAGGAGCUAAUGCCUCUGGUGGUAAACGUCCUGGAGAACCUGGAUGCGGUACUAACCGAGAACCAAGAGCAUGAGGUGGAGCUCGAGCUCCUGAAAGAGGACAACGAACAGCUCAUCACUCAGUACGAGCGCGAGAAGGCGCUACGCAAGCAGGCAGAGGAGAAAUUCAUUGAGUUUGAAGAUGCCUUGGAGGCGGAUAAGAAGGACCUACAGAGGAAAGUGGAGACUCUGGAACUGCAGGGAAAACAGCUGGAACUCAAGAGCAAGAACUACGCUGACCAGAUAUCUCGAUUGGAGGAGAGGGAAGGGGACAUGAAGAAAGAGUAUAAUGCCCUACACCAGCGUCACACAGAGAUGAUCCAGACAUAUGUAGAACACAUCGAGCGCUCCAAGCUGCCAGCCACGGGAAGCGCCCAAUCAGAAGGCACAGGCAGCCGAUCCCGGCACACCUGGAGGAAAAGUAAGACGGAGCGGCCCUGCUCGCUGACGAUGGAUGGGAUGGAGGAUGGCUCGGAGUCGGACUCGGUGGCGGCGACGCCCAGCAGCGGGGGCAGCAAGUCGGUCACGCCCACCUCCUCCGUGCCCACGCCGAACGACAUGCUGCCCGCCACCCUGGGCAACUACUCCGGCCGCGGGCGCGACAGGAAGGCCUCCAAGCGGCGCAGCAGGGACAUGGAGGUGCAGGUCACGCAGCAGACCAGGAACGUCAGCAUCGGUAUGGGCAGCAGCGAUGAGUGGUCAGAGUUCCCAGACUUCAACAAUGACUUCAACAAUGACGACUCAACUCCAGAGCUGGACAUCGACCCCAGAACCUACGGAGGAAGAAACAGUCCCUCCAUGGGUAUAGUGAAUGAGGCCUUUGGGAUCAACACAGAGUCCAUCUUCGACGAGUUACAGAAAGCCAAGACUGACGGUAUCGGAGACGUGGAUGCAGGGGCCGAGCUGCUGGGGAUGGGCAAGGAGGUGGAGAAUCUACUGACAGAAAACAAACAGCUACUGGAGACAAAAAAUGCCCUGAACAUCGUGAAGAAUGACCUCAUAGCCAAAGUGGACGAGCUGUCAGGGGAGCAGGCGGUGCUGGCGGAGGAACUGGAGGCACUCAAGCAGUCCAAGAGCAAAGUGGACGCCAGGGUCAAGGAGCUGGAGGAGGAGCUUAAGAGGCUCAGAGCAGAGGCGUCUCAGGACUCCAAGGAUGAAGGUGGCGAGGACGACGGCGACGUGGCCAUUGCGCAGCGGCGGCGAUUCACGCGCGUGGAGAUGGCCCGCGUCCUCAUGGAGCGGAACCAGUACAAGGAGAGACUCAUGGAACUGCAGGAGGCCGUGCGCUGGACCGAGAUGAUCAGAGCGUCAAGGGAAAACCCAGCCAUCCAGGAGAAGAAGAAGUCCACCAUCUGGCAGUUUUUUGCCCGCCUCUUCAGCACCUCGUCCAGUCCUCCCCCUGUCAAGCGGCCGUUCAACAGUGUCAACAUCCACUACAAGUCGCCCUCUCCUGCCAGCUUCAAUCAGCGCCGUGCGCACACCGUCUGCCAGAUCUCCACUUCCAACCGCACGCUCGAGUUCUUUCCCGAAGAUGACUCCUCUCAGCUGUCUGUGCGUCGCGAGGCGAAGCGCGAGCAGUACCGGCAGGUGCGCGAGCAAUUGAGCCGCAACGACAACAUCUUGCAGGCCUGCGGCUGGAGCGUGCCGCCCCGUAUCAAACAGCCUCCUGCCCCCCAGGUGGCCCCCGACGGCAUACAGGAGAGCCCCCUGAAGAGGCAGCAGGUCAGCGAGAAGGAGGACAACCGCAUGAAGAAUGUGCCGGUGCCUGUCUACUGUCGCCCCCUGGUGGAGAAAGACCCAAACAGGAAGCUGUGGUGUGCAGCAGGGGUUGACUUGACUGGCUGGAAGACGUCCACUCAGGAGGCGGUGCCUGCGAAGGCUGUGACCAAUGGCACGGACCCACUGACAGCGGAGGAGGAGGGAGAUGGGAAGAAGAGCGAGCACAGCUCACCAGAGAAGAAGAAGUCAAAGGAGCUGCAUGAGAUGGACUCGACCAACAGUCGCGUGUGGAUCCUGACCAGCACCCACUCGGGCAGCAAGGUGGUCAUCAUCGACGCCAACCAGCCCGGCUCGCUGGUCGACCAGUUCAACGUCUGCAACGCCCACGUGCUCUGCAUAUCCAGCGUGCCAGCUGCCAGUGAGAGCGACUACCCGGCGGGCGAGAUCUUCCUGGAGCAGCAGCAGCAGCAGCAGCAGGGCCAGGCCGGGGCGGGGGGCGAGGGGGGCGUCGGGGGCAGCAAGGAGGAGGGUGGCGGCAGCGGUGGGGGCGUGGAGGGCAUGCUGGCUGGCAUCACCCUGGUGGGCUGUGCCACCAACUGCAGCGUGGUGCGCAGCACCUGCUCCUCGCGCACAGACACCCCCGUACUGGACAAGGGACAAGCCCCCACAGCAGCUCCAGUGCAGAGGCUGGCCGUGUCCCAAUCGGCAGAGGAGGCUACGGAGGCCACUGAGGUGUCGGAGGAGGCGGAGCCUGAGGAGGGAGAGGAGGGGCCUACUCAGACGGGGCCCUUCACAGAGCACGUCUUCACCGACCAGACACACAGCACUGACGCCAGCACAAACAGUCAUGUUGCUGGCCAGAAGGAGGAGAAGAGUGCGGCCCCAGCUGACUCCCAGGAGGGCGGGGAUGACCGUGCCGGCACCAGCGUGGCCCCCACCAUGUGGCUUGGAGCCCAGAACGGCUGGCUCUAUGUGCACUCCUCCGUGGCCAACUGGAAGAAGUGUCUCCACUCCAUUAAACUCAAAGACUCGGUGCUCAGCCUAGUGCAUGUCAAAGGCAGAGUAUUGGUUGCACUCGCAGAUGGAACUCUGGCCAUUUUCCACAGAGCAGAGGAUGGGCAGUGGGAUUUGUCCAACUACCACCUGAUGGACCUGGGCCGGCCGCACCACUCCAUCCGCUGCAUGGCAGUGGUGCACGACAAGGUGUGGUGCGGAUACAAGAACAAGAUCCACGUCAUCCAGCCAAAGAGCAUGCAAAUAGAGAAAUCCUUCGAUGCCCACCCGCGGAGGGAGAGCCAGGUGCGGCAGCUGGCCUGGAUUGGUGAUGGUGUCUGGGUGUCCAUCCGUCUGGACUCCACGCUACGCCUCUACCACGCUGUCACACACCAGCACCUGCAGGACGUGGACAUUGAGCCUUACGUCAGCAAGAUGCUCGGCACAGGGAAACUCGGCUUCUCCUUUGUACGAAUCACAGCGCUGCUGAUCGCAGGAAACAGAUUGUGGGUGGGGACAGGGAACGGUGUGAUUAUUUCUAUCCCACUGACUGAAACGGUAGUGCUUCACCGGGGACAGCUCCUGGGCCUGAGGGCGAAUAAAGUGUCUCCGACGUCGUCGGGGGGCGUGAUCCACGUGUAUGCGGACGACAGCGCAGAGAAGAACAAUGGCAGCUUCAUCCCCUACUGCUCCAUGGCUCAGGCACAGCUCUGCUUCCACGGACACAGAGAUGCCGUCAAGUUCUUUGUAUCUGUUCCAGGCAAUGUUUUGGCCACCUUGAACGGCAGUGUGACUGUGUUAGAUAGCCCAUCAGGGUCCUCGGCACCUGCUGCGGAGACGGAAACUCAGAGUACUCAGAGUGUUCAGAAUGUACUGGUGCUCAGCGGAGGAGAGGGCUACAUUGACUUCCGCAUUGGUGACGGGGAGGACGAUGAAACGGAAGAAGGGGACGGAGGCGCUCCACAGAUGAAGCCUGCACUCUCCAAAGCCGAAAGGAGUCACAUCAUCGUCUGGCAGGUGUCCUACAUCCCCGAGUGACGACAGAGACCUGCCACCUUGACACCACCGCCACCAACCCCCCUCCCCUCCACUCCUCCCAGUAACUACCUAUGCCAAUGCCCUGUAAACCCCCCCCCCCCUUGUACAAUGUUACAAUGUUAUGACGGCCCCCACGCCCCUGUAACUAAUGGCUCACUCCGAAACGUUCACUCGUACACUACAUGGUGCACACUAUGUAGGAAACAAAACUAAGUAGUGAAUGAGUGAUAUAUUUCGGACAUGACUCCCCUCAAGUCCCUCUCUCCUGUAACUACCUCCCCAAUGCCUUGUAAUGUACUCCUCCCUUACCUUGUAAGUACUCCCCACCCCCCGAGCCCCCGCCCCCCACCUACACUGCACUGUAACUACCCUGUCAAUUCUGUACCUGCUGUAAGCUCUGUUAAAAACUACUCCUUCUGGCCAUGUAUCUUAAGUCCUCCGCACAUAAUUGUCAUCCUCAUUUACAAAAUGCCCUAUACCUUUCCUUGUAUGCAUCCAUUUCUGGUUGGAAGCCAGCCCCCUCCCAUCCUAUCCCAUACCACCCCACCCUCCACCCGAAAAAAAAAAAAACUGCACUGCUAAACACCAUUUCCUUCUGAGAGCCUUUUUACUGCUGACUGUCUACUACUGCUACUACAUACACAACAGCCCAUACCAAUAGCAAGACACCAGCCAAAUAUGGACGUGGACAAACCUUCUGAGGACAGCCAAAACAUCCAACCCCCCCCCCGCCCCCAUGUCCAAAAAUCCCUCUCUCUCGCUCUCUCUCUCUCUCUCCUUCCAUCUCUCUAUUUCUCUCUCUCCUCCUCCUCAUCCACACUGACCUCCUGAUCAUCUGCAUCCUGUGACUUGACUGCUCAUUGGGGACCAGCUCACAGCUCACUGACACCCACCCCACCCCUCACCACACCCUAACACAGGCAGCUGAUUGGUUGAGAGUAUUGUGACAGGUGUCUCUGAUUGGUCGGGCAAGUGCAUAUUGGUAAGUGAGUGAGUACAAGGAAGGGAGUGUAAUUGUGUGUGUCCCAUUUGUCAUUGAUACUCAUGUUCCGGGCAGUGAGAGUUUGCAAUAAGCAUGCUGAGAGGCACCGCAGAACUUUAAAACAAGAUUUUUGAUGCAACUUAAAAUAAAAUCCCCUUGUAAAGUAUAGUGCCCUUGCAGAGGCCACACAAGGUCAAAUGUGGCUACUGAGCAAAGCAUUCAUCUGGCUAGGGUCAGGUUAGCACUUGGAUCCUAAUUGCAAAAAGGAGUUGCACUUCAAGUGGCCUUUGAAUGACGUGUUUACAUGAAGGUGCAGAUUUAACUUGGGUCUUUUUGUGUUGAAUGGUGGGGCAUUGUGACAAAUGUCUUGGGUUGAAGGAAGGGGGAGUGAGAGUGAAAAAUUACCAAUGCAUAGACACAAUAGUCAUAGACACAGUACAUAAUGGGAAGGAACUUAGCGGACCAAAGGGACAGACAGACAGACAGACAAGUAGAUUAGCACAGACAUAGCAGGUGAAAGGUGUGGACUGACUGGCGAUGGUGAUGUGAUUGAAAGGCACAUAGCAAGUGACCAGAGACAGAGGAAGGUGAUGUGGGCGAAGUGAUGAAAGUGAGCACAUGAGCAACAAAUGACUGCAUCUGCCUCCAACCAAUCAGGGAUUGGACUUAAAGACAGUCAUCAGUGAGCUGUGAGGGCACUCGUCCAAUGAGAUUUCCCCUUGACGUUUUUUUUGAGGAGUGGCAGCUGCUGGACUGAGGCCUGCACACGGUUGCCUGUUUUGAUUGACAGCUGUCAGAUGGAUCUCCCUGCCUUGAUGCUCUCUGUAUGUAAACUCAUCAUUACUCUCUCUGUUCUCUUAUCAUUGUGGUUAAAUAUUAAAUAUUAAACAUAUUCGUGCUAUGAAC